AUGGGUUUGCCUUCAUCUUUCAAGCUUCUGUCGGGACACGAGAUCCCCGCAGUUGGUCUGGGUACUUGGCAAUCCAAGCCCAAUGAGGUCAAGAAUGCUGUUGAGCAUGCUCUGAAGAAUGGCUACCGCCACAUUGACGCGGCCGCGGUCUACGACAACGAGAAGGAGGUCGGUGCCGGUCUCAAGGCCUCCGGCGUGCCUAGGAAAGACAUCUUCAUCACCAGCAAGCUCUGGAACACGCACCACAAGGCGGAGGACGUCGAGACCGCGCUAGACAUUACCCUCGCCGACCUGCAGACCGACUACGUCGACCUCUACUUGAUUCACUGGCCCGUGUCCUUCAGGAAGGAGAACGACACCAACCGCUUCCCGCUGCACCCCGUGACGGAGGCCGUGGACGUCAUUGACGUCCCCGUGUCCGAGACGUGGAAGGCGAUGGAGGACCUCGUCAAGAAGGGCAAGAUCAGGAGCAUUGGUGUCUCCAACUUCACCCGCGAGAAGAUUGAAGAGUUGUGGAAGACGGCCGAGAUCAAGCCAGCGGUGAACCAGAUCGAGGCGCACCCGUACCUGCAGCAGCCCGACCUCUUGGCCUGGUCCAAGGAGAACGGUAUUGUUGUUACGGCGUACAGCCCCCUUGCCAACAACAUUUACAACCUGCCUCGCGCCGUUGAUGACUCCACAAUCAUUGAGAUUGCAAAGUCUCUAGGAAAGGAGCCCGCUCAGGUUCUCGUCAGCUGGGCUGUCCAGAGGGGAACCGUCGUGCUCCCCAAGUCCGUCACUCCCUCAAGAAUUGAGAAGAACUUGGAAGUGUUCGAGCUCCCCAAGGACGUCUUUGAGAAGAUCAACUCCCUCGACAGGAAGCACCGCUACAACUUCCCCGCGCGUCUGGGCCAGGACAUCUUUGGUGAGUCCGACCCGGAGACGCUCAAGAAAGCGGUGGAGACGUGGGUGGCACAGCAGAAGAAGAUUAGAGCCGGUCAGGCAUAG